AUGUGUUGGCGAGUGUCACGGUAAAUAUGGGUUCACCCAUUUCACACAAGGCAGAAGUAUUCAGUGACUAUAGAAAGGCCAUGAAACAUGAAACUGGCCUAUUUGCAGCAUCAUGCCCUUUCCACGGAAGAAAAUAAAAAUUGUUGAUGAAGACGAAUCUGGCAAAAGUAGAGCCAAAUGGGUACGUCCAAAAGAAGCAGAUCCUCAAUGCUAUCAUGAGUCAAGCUCGCAAAGAGAACUCGCGGAAGGUCAGCAUCAAGCUGAGGAAAGGGUGAGUAUUGACCCAGAAACGCUACAUGAAAGCGAUGGCCUCGGCAACUUUUUGGAUAAAGCAAGUGAAAGUAAGCCCUCCAGCAACAAAUAUAGGGACAUGAAAGGCAAGGAUAUUGCAAACUGGAAGCUCAUUCGUGACUCUAUUCAAAGAGUUGCAGUAGAAAAUGAAGCGCCUCCGCCUAAUUUGGAAAACUGUCUUCGUUGCAGCUUGAAUUUUCAACUAAGUAGGCGAGAAGAUAGCCAUGAAUCAUCCUAUUUGUUUCGCUGCAAGGAUUGUGGGCCUCAUUAUUUUGUUUGCAGACAGUGUCUGAUAGAUGAUCAUUUUCUUCGACCAGCUCAUUGGCCCCAAAGAUGGGAUGGAGAAAGAUAUGUGAAUAUUCAGCUCCACAACUAUGAAAACCCUUUAAAAAUACCAGCAGCUGUGCAUUCAUGCCAGACCCAAUACAAACGAUGUAUCAAAAUUGUUGACAUUCAAGGGAGAGUUCAAGAUGCCUUCGUGACAUUCUGUAGCUGUGAAAAAGAGGCAUUGACUCUUUUUAGGCUUGGUUUCUGGGCCUCGUCUAGCAUAAAGCCAUCAACAGCAUACAGUACUGAGCUUUUGAAAACAACGAAAGCAUUGAUGCUGGAAUGUCACGUUUCCCUUUUUGGAAUGGCAAACUCAAUGAGAUGGAGGAAUGGCUUAUCAAAGACGCAGGCUACCUCGAUAUACCGCCUCUUGGUUAAUGAGAGCUUUGAAGAAUACAGACAUUUUCAUUAUAGAUAUGAAACAUUUAGAUUUAUUUGCCCUGAGGUAGAUGAUGGUGCCACAUGCAUGGUUUGUCCAAAGGAAAAUGGAAAAAUUGUUUUGAUGCUUGAUGGAACAUUUGGAUGUGUCAGAAAGCAAAGUUCGGGUUUCAGUAUGGAACCUCCGAAACACGGGGAACGAUUUUUUGUAGAUGACAGUAGUGUAGACCAGUUUGUAGAUCAGCACUGCCAAAACACCAAAGAUAUUCGAAUGGAUUGCAGUAACUUCAGGGCUGGAGCUGACAGUUUAAGAUCUAAGCUGCAGUACAAAAAGCUUGAUAUCACUGGCGUGUUUGGUUGCUCGUGUAAACAUGACAUACCUGGUUGUUUUCUUAAUAUGAAGAACGGUGAAAGGUUGGGAUAUCCUGUGUACAUUUUGCAAGCCUUUCUAGAGAAGUUCGAAAAUUCAAAUGUCAGUUUUGGUAUCCUAUAUGAUAUUUCAUGCCUCUUAGCCAAACAUUUAAAGAAAAACAAGUUGGAUGUCAAAUUUCAAAGCUGCACGUUCGCAACACCUGACUGGCAUGCAUAUGGACAUGUGGCAUCAUGUCAAAUUCAGUUUGCUGUCCGGUUUCUUUCGGAUUUUGGAAUCACCGAUGGCGAAGGGGUUGAACGCCUGUGGUCUUACUUGCGUCAGUUCACUGCAAUAACAAAGGAGAUGACACCAUCUCAUAGAAUAGAUUUAUUGACUGAUGGUUUGAUUCAUUUUGCUCAACGCAAAAAUGCAAGCUUGGAGUAUUCAUUGGUAGAAAGAUAUCAGAAAGCAGACAAAAUCUUGCUAUCUAGCACCGAAGAACUGAAUCGUUUGAUGAAAGAGGCCAAAGGUAGUUUCAGUGAAGAGGAUAUAUUAUGUUGGCAUGAAACCGAAAAGAUGACAUUAGCAAUGAGAAAUUCAAACAGAAGGCACGGUCAAGAGUGGAGAGAGCUGUAUAUUGCAAAACUCAUAGCACUGAGCACAGCUAAAGAUGAACUACCGUUAUGUACAACAAUUGAUCAAAUCAAGCAAGUUCGGCAACAUAUGAAAGAAACUGAUCAAGAAUUGAAAAAGAUUGAAACCAAGAAUGGUUUAUCCAAUAGAUGGACAACAAAGUCAGUGGACUUCCAACAUACGUUGAAAAUAAUUGAGGACCAAAAAAAAUCAAGCCUUUUGAUAAGCGCUCGCAGUCAAGCAGCAGAACGAAUUUUCCAUCUUGAUCUUAAAAAGAAAUACUCUUGUGGACAGGAUAUUCCGAAACGGAUCGAAGCGAUGAUUAAGAAAGCCUCGAAAAAGCUCACUGAAACAGUAGAAAAAUAUAACUCGAGCGUGUUUUCUUCAAUCAGCAGCAUGCCUAACACUGUCACGUUUCAGGAUCUCAAGGACCCCGAAGGACUUAUAUACGAGGCUGUAAAUGUUGACCUGCAACUACCUUGUUCUUUGUCGCCUAGCAUUAGAAGAAAGGCAACAUCAUUGUAUUUCUUAAAACAGCGAGCUUGCAAAGAGAAACAAAUAGUGCCAGUUGAAGCUAAGCGGUUGUUGCAAGUAGUUGAAGAUAGAAUCAGAAAGGUAGACCAGCGAAUAAAGGAUCUAUCAGUGAGAGAGGACAUGCGCCCGUUGCAUCUUGGGUCAAUAUGCAUUCUAUUGAAUCAUGUUUGCAGUCUCAAAGCAAGAGUGAAUCAAGCCAAACAAAUUUUUUCGAAGAUUAUCGAAGAAAAACACCCGCCUUUCGAAGAUGUAAACGCAAAGCCUUGCACCCCUGUUCAACCGACUAGGGACUCUACUGAAGCCUCAUAUGAUGAUGAACUAUUAGAUAUAUUCUUAGAAGGUGUUGAUGACGACCUUUCUGACAUUGAAUAAAUCUAAAUUUUGUUUUAUGGAAUGAAAGAUAAAAGAAUGACGGUAGUCAUUAAUUUUGCAAUUAUAUAAAUACAUAGAGAUUUAGUCAACUUCUAAGAACUCUUUGAAAUAAAAUCUUAAAUGUCUUUUUAGACCGAAAUAGAGCCCUGCCAUCAGCGUUCAUGCCAAAUAUAACUUCCGUCUUAUUCCAAAUGAAAACAUUCAUCUUUCAACGUAGUUAUUUCAUAUAUAAUGUUGCCAUACUAUCGAUAUAUUCUUCCUAGCACCUGGGAUAUGUUUACCCCGAUACGUUUUCAAAUGAAAAUGCAAUCACAUUUUUACGGUUUUGCUUCUUAUCAACACAACGAAGAUAAUUGUGUCGCAAAAACCGCAAGCAUUUGAAACACCUCCCAGAUUGUUCUAUUUUUGGGAAUUGCAAUUAUUCGAAAACACAACGUUGUCGUGGAAAUACAAAACUUUUGUUUUCUUUAAGAUGUGAAUGCAUUUUUUCAAAACAUAUCGGUAUAAUCUUGUGCUUAGAUGUCUCUCUUCUCUCCUGCAAACUUGAUUUUAAAUUACGUCUUCCUAAUCAGUUUUCCCUAUGUACCAGAGAGCUAAAUGAAUUUAAUUUCAUGAUAAUUUAAAGGUAUCGUUUAAAUAUUCAAGAUAUUAAUAUGCAAGGUUUACCGACUAACUUGUGAAUUAUUGAGGAUGCUUACCUCACGAUAUUUUAUGACUUCGCGUAUAAAUGUUUAUCCAUUAGCAACCUUGCCAGCAUCCUCUAUCUCAACCUGCAAAACCAAGGAAAAUAUGUACGCAUGAAUCUUAGACACUCGACAGUCACUUAGCAAUAUUUUUUCAAGGGCAAUUAAUCUACCUCAAAUCUGAAAUGAGUCUAAAUACCUAUUAAUUAGGGCUAUCAUUCUAUGCAUUUGUCUGAACCAAUUAUAUACUACUUUAAAAAGACAUGCGAUAAAGACGAAAGAUCAUCAUUUUAUGCGGAUCUUGUCAUUCGCGAAAUAACCCAAGGGUAUAUUCAACAUUGUUCAUUUCAUGAAAUGACUAAAAUGGACAAAUCCUCAUGAAAAAUAAAAAUUUUCAAAAAAUCAUCAUUUUAUGCGGAUUUUGUCGUUUCCGAAAUAACCCAGGGGUAUAUUCAACAUUGUUCACUUCAUGAAAUGACUAAAAUGGACAAAUCCUCAUGAAAAAUAAAAAUUUUCAAAAAAGCAUCAUUUUAUGCGGAUUUUGUCGUUUCCGAAAUAACCCAGAGGUAUAUUCAACAUUGUCCACUUC